AUGCUUGGGGCUUGCAGAGUAUAUAACAAUCUUGAGCUAGGAGAGGAAGCUGCGAGAUUCCUGCUAAAACUCGAACCAACAAAUGACGGAGUUUACAUUUUGCUCUCUAACAUUUAUGCAAAAAGGAAAAUGUGGAAUGAAGUGAAAAAGGUAAGAGAAUUAAUGAAUGAGAAAGGAAUUCAGAAAACACCUGGUUGCAGUUCAGUUGUUAUAGAUAACAUCGCCCAUUCAUUUCUGGCUGGAGAUUGUUCUCACCCAGAAAUAGCUGAAAUAUCUAUAAUGCUUCGACAAGUUAGAGAGAAACUGAAGCUGGCAGGUUAUGUUGCAGAUACCUCAGAAGUAUUGCUCAACAUUGAUGAUAAUAAGAAGGAAGAGUCAGUUUCUCAACAUAGUGAAAAACUAGCUUUAUGUUAUGGCUUAUUGAAAUCAGAGAUAGGUGGAAGAAUUGUUAUCCUGAAGAACCUCAGGGUCUGCUCAGACUGUCAUACUUUAAUAAAACUAGUCUCAAAGAUUUACCAAAGGCAGAUUACGUUAAGAGAUCGAAACCGUUUCCACCACUUCAAAGAUGGUUCCUGUUCUUGCAGAGAUUACUGGUGA